CACAAGUGGGCCAGAAGGCUGCUUAAUUACAUCUACAAAUCCCAACUCCCAGUCCCAUUAAACAAGAAUUAUAGUUUUUGAGAGACAAUGGCCAACAGUAAUUCAUCUCAAUCAUUAUAUUCAAAUAAAUAAUGCACUGUACGUCCGCAAUUGAGCAAUAAAAGAGAGACAAAGACCGGACCAAAUUUCACAACUCCCUCCCCUUUUCUAUUUAGUGAGUAGAAUCGUCGGGAACCCAGUCUUGUGUGGUCGUCUUUUUCAACCUUUUUCCUUUCUUUACUAGCUCCCACUUACCACCAAGACUAAGAUCCAAAGACCAGUGUCCUGCUCUCAAAAGUUACAUAUUGAUAUAGCAGAGAAACCAACUUCCAAUUUCUUCCUGCUCCAAGCCCAGGUGGUUUUGUGCAGAGACUAGAGAAAUGAAUCAAGAGAUGAAUGGUGGUGAGCUGGAGAAUCAUGAAGAGAAAAUAGACUAUGUGUUUAAGGUGGUUGUGAUCGGUGAUUCGGCUGUGGGUAAGACUCAGUUGCUUUCCAGGUUCACUAAGAACGAGUUCUGCUUCGAUUCCAAGUCUACUAUCGGCGUUGAGUUCCAGACUAGAACUGUCACCAUCAAAGGCAAAGUCGUUAAAGCCCAGAUCUGGGAUACUGCUGGCCAAGAAAGGUACCGAGCAGUUACGAGUGCAUACUACAGAGGAGCAUUGGGGGCAAUGCUAGUCUACGACAUCACCAAGAGACCCACCUUUGAUCACGUGGCUAGGUGGGUGGAGGAACUCCGGGCCCACGCUGAUAAUUCCAUAGUGAUCACUUUGAUUGGAAACAAGGCUGAUCUGGUGGACCAAAGGGCAGUUCCAACAGAAGACGCGGUGGAGUUUGCGGAGGAUCAAGGCCUAUUUUUCUCUGAGACAUCAGCUCUGAGCGGAGACAAUGUGGACAAGGCAUUUUUCAGGCUGCUAGAGGAAAUUUAUGGUGUGAUUUCUAAGAAAGCAUUGGAGUGUGGCGACAAAAAAUCCAACGGUGCUGAUGCUGCGAUGUUAAAAGGAUCUAAGAUUGAUGUAAUUUCAGGGUCUGAUUUAGAGAUUAGCGAGAUGAAAAAAUUAUCUUCCUGCUCCUGUUAGUUUUGGACUAUCUCUAUAUUGAAGUUCUCGUUGCAUUUUUAAGUGAAUGUUAGAUUUAUACUGAAUUUCCUCUUCUUGCAUUGUAAUUGAAAAAUCGGUUUGGAAGGUUUUCUAUUUCUAUUUCGGUUUUA